AUGUCAGACCUCUCCGUGGACAAAAUCACCGAGCAUGUUGUGCAUACCAACUCGCAGUGUCCUAACCCUCGAACCCGCUAUCUCUUCGAGCGUCUCGUAACUCAUAUCCAUGACUUCGCCCGUGAGACAAGGCUAAGUACAGCUGAAUGGAAGCUGGCCAUCGAAUUUCUCACCAAGACGGGCAAGACCUGCUCUGAUAUCCGACAGGAGUUCAUCCUACUAUCAGAUAUUCUUGGAUUCUCAUCCUUGGUUAACUCCAUUGACCAUCCUACGCCGCCAGGAGCUACGCAUGGAACCCUUCUGGGGCCGUUUCACACACAUGAUGCUGAGACGCUGGAGAAGGGGGCCGAACUCUCGCGUGACGCGGCUGGGAAGAAGCUGUUUGUCCUUUGUACAGUGCAUGAUACUCUUGGUAAAGCGCUAGCUGAUACCAAGGUUGAGGUCUGGGAGGCAGAUUCCACAGGCUUGUACGAUGUGCAGUACAAAGACAGACAGAGGCCAGACGGGCGGGGAGUGCUCCAUACUGACGCCCAGGGUGUGUUUUGGUUCAAGGCCGUUCAGCCGGUGCCAUAUCCAGUGCCUGACGACGGGCCGGUAGGGAAGCUGUUGGCCAUACUGGGACGCCAUCAAUGGAGGCCAUCACACAUGCAUUUCAUUCUAGCCAAGCAGGGUUAUGAGACUUUGGUCACAAUGCUGUACCCCCGCGGUGACCCGUAUUUGACAUCUGACUCAGUAUUCGGGGUCAAGAGCUCCUUGAUGGUUGACUAUGGUUCUGUCAACGAGGAAAUUGCAAAGAAGUAUGAUGUCCCGGUUGGCACCGCCUUGAUGACCUAUGAUUUUGUGCUGGCAUCAGAGCAGGAGGCGAGGGAGACGCGGGAUCGUAAUUCCGUCGAUGCGCUGAAGAAGUUGGGUCGAAACGUGAAGAUCGUUGAUGGCUUGCCUGUCCCUGACGUUGAUUAA